AGCGGGCGCCAUUUUCUCAAAGACUUCGAAGGGAGUGAAGCUCUUCUGGCACAACGUCGAUCAUUCCGGCUGAUAUGACGGUAUUUACCCAGUAGAACCGCUCAAAAUCAUGGCUCUGACGGCUGGUCUCUCCCUCCUGACACUGCUGGCCCUGCAGGCCGCGGCUCAGGAGCCUUUAUACGUUGAGAUCGGCAAGAAUCUGAAUCUCGACCCAAAGUCUUCUGAGACCAUCACCGCCAUUACAUGGAAGCAUAAGGGGAACAUUGCUGCUGAAUACAUUAAGGAUAAUGUUCCUCUGGAAUAUCUGGGUGACUUAAAAGGCCGAUUAAAACUGGACGUGACCACCGGAAUACUGACCAUCAGCAACAUAACAAAAUCUGACGACGGGCAGUUCACGGUGGAGGUCAACAACAGAGUCCUUCCUGUCAAAUUUAACGUUGUGGGGGUCAAGAAGCUGGUAACUGUUGAAGUCAUCUUGAGGCCUCUGACGUGCGAGAGCGAAACCCACAACUGCACCCUAUCAUGUGGUGAGGACUUUAAAGAUGCUGAGCCCGUCCAGUACUUCUGGAAGACGGGAGAAACGGAAGAAUGGAAGGAGGGUGAGAAGACAAUCAGAAUUUUCAGCGAGGAGGAGAAGAAACUGGGCCUCAGAACCUUCACCUGCAAAGCGAAGAACAAAUUCAGUGAGAAGCAGAGCGGCCCGUUAGUGAACCCCUUCAAAAACAAGGAAUCUUCAGGCCUCAGUGGAGGUGCGGUGGCUGGGAUCGUUAUUAUUAUUAUUCUACUAAUUGUGGCCGGUGGAUUUAUCUACUGGAAAUUUAUAUAUGUAAAGAAGAAUGAGGGUUUUGCAUCACCAAGACAAGGCGAUGGAGUGAAAGCCAAUGGGGACGAGAGUAGAGCUUUGAAUAUGCCAGAGCCUGGUAAAGACGCCAACUCAGAGUUAUGAGGGCCUGGCAACUGUGGAUCCUUCUCGACCAGAACUCCAACUUGUUCUGUUUGCCUUCCCAGAGGAACACACUGGUUAUAAAUCCUUCUGCCCUCCUGCAUCUCUGUGAAUAUAGACAUUAUUACAGAUUCCUCCUGUCAGCGAGGGCAAAGCUCUUCAGUGUUUAUAUCUGUCUGGAUCUUCCAUUUGACCAUCAUGUUCGGAUUAAUUAUGAAGGGAAAAAAAAAAUCUGCGGCGCUUAAACGUGAACUCUUUCUUUCUUUCCAGUUUUUUUUCAUAUGAAUAUGUUGAAUUGUUUUAUUUUCCAUCAUUUUAGCAGUUUGUUAAUCUGCAUGUGAAUCAGGAGUUUCAGAAAGCAUAAGAACAUUGCUUUAAAGACCUGUUUGGAUAAUGAACAGUAAUGAUGAGAAACUGAGAUGUAAUGAAUGCAAUGUGUUAUUAUUCAUAUCUAUUUAAUGCUGUCAUGUUGCAAAAACCUCAUUUUUAAAACCCAUUUUUAGAGAGAAUCUGUAAAACAGAUUCAAUGUGACUCAAUUGUUGCACAGGAUCGCAUUUUAUUUAAGCAUCAUAUGACGUAUUCUCAUCUGUAAAUAUUUCAUGAUAAAGCCAUGGAUUGACUAAUACUACCUUAGAUGCAAUAUGCUUUUUAAGUUUGUUUUUGAAUGCACUGGAAUAAAUUGCUCAGGAGGACAAUAGGAAGAUAGUGAGCUGUUUCUAGUGGAAGCUUAGGCUUUAAAAUGAGUGUGACCUGUUUAACUUACCCUUUGUGUGUGUGGGUGUGUGUGAGAGAGAGAGAGAGAGAGAGUGAUUGAUGGACGCAAUUAAGACUGUUAAGCAUCUUAUUUUUGUGUUGGACUGUAAAUGCCUGUUUUCAGUGCUACUCCUGUAUUUAUUCUUUUUUCCACUGCUCUGUAACGUACCUUGUGAAAUAAAUAAUUCGUUGCGUCGCUGA